CCAUUAACCAUACCUUCACAUUCAUUCACGAUACAAAUCCUAUUAAUACCCCAAUCCUCUACCUCAACUUUUUGUAUCAAAUGCUCCUUUUAGUCAAAUUUGUGUGCAACAUUAGAAAAAUUGCAGCCUUGUUGUUCUUCCUAUUUGCUCAAGCUGGUCCUCUCACUGUCUAUUUGGCAAAUUCCACAAGUACUACUUACUAAGGAGGAAAAAAAAGAUGGGUUUUGUUGGGGUUCCAAUAUGUGUGCAGUGUGGCAAUGCUAGCAACAACCCAUGUAGGUGUAAGGUGGUGGGUCCUACACUUGGCUUCUUGGCAUUUGCUGCGGCGGCAGUAGUAGAAUGGCCCGUUGGUGCACUGGUGUAUGUGUUCCGUCACUCCAAGGGCCGUAGGAUCAUGGGCCAUCCAGCCUCUGUGAUUUAUCCUUCUGUUACCAAUUCUAUUCCUAUUUAGUAAUUUUUUUAUUUCUUCCUUUAGUAAUGUUGUAAGAAACGAUGUUUGCAGAUUUUAUAACUCUAAAUGUAUGUUAGUUUUAAUUAACUAGUAAAUAAAAGAUCAUGUGCUUUGUAGCACGAUAAUAAUGUAUGUUGCUUUUGUAAUGCACUAUGAUAUUGUGUGCGA